UGCGCGCCCGCGGCUGCGGCGGGGACGACAGCAUGGGCGGCCCGCGGGCCUGGACUCUGCUCUGCCUCGGGCUCCUGCUCCCAGGAGGCAGCACCGCGUGGAGCGUCCCCGGCGCCCGGUUCUCGGGUCGCAGGAACUGGUGCUCCUACGUGGUGACCCGAACCGUCUCCUGCCACGUGCAGAAUGGCACCUACCUCCAGCGAGUGCUGCAGAACUGCCCGUGGCCCAUGGGCUGCCCUGGGAACAGCUACAGAACCGUGGUGAGACCCAUGUACAAAGUCAUGUACAAGACAGUGACCGCCCGAGAGUGGAGGUGCUGCCCUGGACACUCGGGGACGACCUGUGAGGAAGGCUCCCCUGGCUUCCUGGAGCCCACGUGGUCAGGCAGCAGCACGCGGCGGAUGGCAGUGAGGCCCACAGCCUUCUCAGGUUGUCUCAACUGCAGCAAAGUGUCUGAGCUGACAGAGAGGCUGAAGGCGCUGGAGGCCAAGGUGGCAGUGCUGAGUGUGACAGAGCAGACAGUGUCCUCAGUCCCAGCUACGCCUGAGGACUCUGCCCUGCUCUGGGGCUCCCCAGCUGCCCAGGGCAGCCCAGGAGAUGGAAGCCUGCAGGACAGAGUCGCUCUUUGGGAGCUUCCUGGGUCCACUGGCCCCAAGGGAGGCACUGGCAGCCAGGGCCCAGUGAGGAUUAGAGGCCCACCAGGCCCACAGGGACCCCCAGGACGCCCUGGCCAGCCAGGAGCUGCAGGCAUCCCUGGAAAGAUGGGACCUCCAGGACCUCCAGGUCCACCUGGGUCCCCAGGGCCUCCAGCCCCCAUCGGGCCACCCCAUGCCCAGGUUCCCCUGCCUGGAGAUCCAUUGCUGUCUAAUACCUUCACUGAGACCGGCAGCCACUGGCCCCAAGGACCCACUGGGCCCCCAGGACCCCCCGGCCCCCCGGGGCCCAUGGGUCCCCCUGGAAUUCCCGGCCCCACGGGUGCCCCUGGGAGCCCUGGACACAAGGGAACCCCAGGCCCUUCUGGACCCAAAGGAACCUCUGGGCACCCAGGAGAGAAGGGAGAGCGAGGGCUGCCUGGGGAACCUGGCCCCCAGGGUUUGAUGGGGUUUCCGGGAGAACCUGGCCCCAAAGGAGACCCUGGUGAGAAGAGCCACUGGGCUCCUAGCUUACAGAGCUUCCUGCAGCAGCAGGCUCAGCUGGAGCUCCUGGCCAGACGGGUCACACUGCUGGAAGCCAUCAUCUGGCCAGAACCAGACUUGGGAUCCGGGGCAGGCCCUGAUGGCACAGGUACCCCCAGCCUCCUUCGAGGCAAGAGGGGAGGACACCCAACCAACUACCAGAUCAUCACCCCCAGGAGACGCAACGAGAGGAGCUGAGAGGGUGGUGGUGGCUCUUCAGGGUUCAACACCAGGCUUCCUCCCCUAGCCUGGACUUGGCCAGCUGCCUCCAGGGACUGCCAGUUCCUAUUUAUUAAUAUCCUCAGGGACCCCUGUGCCAUCUUGGUCUUCGGGGUAGGCAGAUCUCAGUGGUGGCAGCUUAUACAUGACAGCCUAAACAGGGCUUGGGCCUCAAAGUCAGGCCUCACUCGCAGCUGGCCUAGUUAGUUCCCUCUGUGAAAUGGGGUGAAAAGGCGAUGAAGGGAAUGGAUGGAGGUACAAGGCUUUCAGUCGUCUUGGCUGCCGUAAGUUGGGACCUGGGACCGCCUGGCCCUGCAGACAUGCAAGGAUUGGGGCAGAAGUCUCAGGUCCCCCCUGUAAAACCUUGGGGAGUCCUGUGUGCCCUGCGUUUUCUGGUGCUGAGUUUCACCCCAAAUCCAGGCUGCUUAACCUCUAACUGAAUGGUUGGUGCUUCUUACAUCAGUUCCACCCCAGGCUUCCACUGCCCCACGUCCCACGUGGGAGUGGGAUGUGUAGGAGGGACUCCUACUCCAAGUACCUGCUGCAAUGCCUGCCACGGAUGGCUCUGUACGGGACAAUAAACAUCCCUGCUGACCCUA